AUGCCAGCCGCCGCCGCGCGCGCCCUGCUGGUCGUGGUGCUCGGCCUGCUGGCGCUGGGUGUCCACGCGGCGGGGGGCGCGAAGGAGCUCAAGUGCCCCCGCGGCGAAAAACAGUGGAACGUGGUCAACUGCGGCGACGACCGCGAAGAGAACUUCCGGCUGGUCUGCCACAAGGAGGGGGACUCGAAGCCGAUAGACAUCUACAAGACGAUCUUCCGAGAGUGCGACAAGAUGGCCCUGGGGAAGCGAGGGUACGUGCUCGACUCGGUGUGUUUCCCACAGGACGUCACGUUCUGGCGGCACGAGUACAAGACGCGCUUCGACGGGGCGCCGUUCGACGACGACACGCACGUGUGCGAGCAAACGCGAGGGUUGCUGUACAAGACCGCGAAGCGCCGGAGCCCCGCAUCGCACCACGCGCGCGAGGAGCUCUGA